AUAAUUUUCGACGCCAUUUGCGGGAAAACGCGGGGUUGAAACGUUAAAAACUUUGGAAGCUCCAAAACCAUGCGGUACACGGACGUGGCGAUCUAAGGCGGAGUUCGAGCCUUCGGUUUAUUUUCCGUCAUUCGCCAUUUUAGACGUUCACCUACCAGUGACGAGAGACUUCAACGAUUCGUGUGAAAAAGACGGUGCGGCCGUUCUCUUAUACGGAUAUGCCGGGGUAUGCGUAUCGCCUCUGUGGCUUCGCCAGCGGAGUCGAUGGGAGACCUGUCAACUUCAAAGAACCCCUGCCCCACGCCCGUGUCUGCGGUUUGUGCGGCUUCGUGCCUAUGGAACUAGCAGUGCUACCUUGCCUUCACCUCUUGUGUCGUUCUUGCCUUGGAGGCUGUGCACAGGGCGACGGCGCUGCCUGCUGCCCCAUGGACAACACGUCCUUCCAGGUGGACAAAGAAGUCCAGCUUCUGUCGCCCCCUCGCGUCCACUUGGCGAAACAGCUGGUGAGCUGUUGGAACGCCAGCAAUGGCUGUGGCUUCGAGGGUCCUGUCGGAGAACUGCUGGAACACUUUGAGAAGCACUGCUCCUUCCAUGCCACCACCUGUCCCCGCUGCCAGGAGACUGUGACGCGCGGCAACCUGCCAAGUCACUACGUUGCUGGAUGCGACGUCGUCUCCAAGCCGCGCAUAGACGGCGGAGGCGACACGGCUGUCCUGACGCAGACGGACGAACUGCUGAGCCAAAAGGCAGGUCAAUGCUCGUACCACGACUUGCUAACUUCCAUACAGAGCCAAAUCAACGAGCUGGCGGAGGCGCUCACUGGCUUCAACGCUGCGAUCGUGGAGCGCGACCAUCGGGAACUAGAGCUUCUUCCCGGCGCCACCACUGAACAAGGAGCACAGCUGGGCACAGAUCUAGACACCAUCCUGGCGGCGUUUACAAAAACUAGCGCUGCACUUACUGAGCGUUUCGACAGUAUGAACUGCUCUCUGCUUCAGGAAGUGGCCUCGGCCCUUACGCGGGCCCCGGGUGGCGAGACACUCUGUGGUAGUCCCACUAGAGUAGCAGUGUGGGAGCAACAGGGAUGCGGGGAUUCUGGCGUGAUUAGUGGCGCUGUGUCGGGCGUAGACGUGGGUGCCCUGCUGGCGGCGUUAAGCGAGAAGAUUACGCAGCGCCUAGACAACUUGAGCCACUUUCUUUGCCAUGAGGGGACGAUCUCGCGGUUGCCAGCAGACGGAGCUAAAAGCAAAACGGUCGCGGCUAAAAGUGUACAGACUUGCCCGGACGAGAGUGCGUUGUCACCAGCCGUAUUCAGCAACAGCAGUGGCCCCAACAAGGAACUCGUGGCUCUCGUUGUAGUUCUGGAUAAGUGGCAAAACGAUCCUCUCUGCUAUCAAAUGACGAGUGGCAUUGAUGUCGUUAUUGGCAACAUUAGUGCUAAAGUGGAGGUGUCAUUUUAUGUGUUGAGAGGGGCAAACCUGGUUGCGGUGUACGCAAAAUUCUACGGGAGGGACGUGGACAAAGUGUACAGAAACGUGCCGCUUAUACGUAAACUUUGCUCUAACGACCGCCACUCACCUCAUGUCAAGGCAUGGAUUAUGCGACGGGCAUAUUACCAAACUGGAUGUCCAAAUUUCAAUUCGAUGAAUGGGGUUCUCCUGUUUGUGUGCAACCUGAUGGAGCCUGGAGAGAGUGAUGAAAAGGGAAAGAUAGAAUUCAUCAUCGAAUAUGAUUUAACCACUGAAGAACAAUGAACCACCAUUUAUCAUUCGGAUGUCUCAUGCCUUUUCAAGGAAUAAAGCAAAUACAAAGCUAAUAAAGGAAAUAUAAGACCAGCCUA